AGAGAGAAAAAAUCAACCAAACCAAUAAACCAUGGUUACAUUCUCAAAGCAGAGAAAUCGAAUUCGAACCCUAACCCCAAAUAUCAGAUUUCUCGUCUCCAGUCGUCUGCGCCCGUCUCUUCUGUCUCCGGUUAUCUUCGACCCACCUACGCCCGUCUCCGGUUGUCUUGGGGAGUCUCCGGCCCGUCUAUGCUCGACUCCGCGGCCCGUUUACCGUCGUCUCUGUCCGCCUCCUCCCGUGUCUGUUCGUCUCUGCCGUUUUUGACCGACCACGCUUGCCUCCUCCGCCGCCCGUUUCUGGUUGUCUCCACUCGUCUUCUCCCACCUCUGGUCGUGUCCUCUCGUCUCCCUUUGUCUUCGGCUGUCUACGUUUGUCUCCGCCUAAGUCCAUUUUGUGUAGUGGCACUGGCCUACGAUGGGUGCAUUGCCGUGAAGAGACAAGUCGGGGCUGGUUUUGGCCAUCCACACGAGCUGUAUGAAGUGUGGGCUAGCUUUUUUAUUUUUGGCCUUUUCUCUUAUCAUUUUGGGUUCCGUUCUAAUUUUUUACAUGAAUUAUUGCAAAAUUUGUACUUUGUAAUUUUUUUGUAGUGACCAUCUAAUGUGAUUUGGUAAAUUUGUAUACACAUGUUGUAAACAAUUGUAAUUGUGAGGAGUAGAUUAUUCUCCAAUUGUGAAGUACAAUUAAUCAAUUUAGAUGAACUUCCAAGUUCCAAUAUAUUUUGUUGUGAUUUCUGCCUGUAA